CAGGCUCCUCAGUCCAGAUUACCAAGACUUUUCAUCAGAGUCCAGAGAUGAUGGUGCUGAGGUAGACAGUGAGGAGGCGGAGCAGUGUAGGAGCAGCAAGGAGGCUUUGGCCAAGUUUGCAAUCCAUUUUCUCAGGAUGAUGAAGCAUAAUGACCUGGCUGAAUGUCUGCAAAUCAGGACCUCUGCUGUACGUUGCCAGUAUAAACUCAAAUCUAACCUGAAGGAGAAAUACCAGUGUGUGUUUGAGGGGAUUACUAAAGCAGGAACCCCAGCGCUAUUAAACCAAAUCUACACAGAACUCUACAUCACAGAGGGAGAAGCUGGUGGAGUUAAUGAUGAACAUGAGGUCAGACAGAUUGAAAUACCAUCAAGAAAACCAGCAAGACUGGAAACAACAAUCAGCUGUAACGACAUAUUUCAACCCCUGCCUGCCAGAGAUCGACAGGUUAGAACACUGAUGACGAAGGGAGUUGCAGGGAUCGGAAAAACUGUCCUAACACAGAAGGUCACUCUGAAUUGGGCUGAAAACAAAACCCACCACAGAAUACAAUUCAUAUUUCCAUUCACAUUCAGAGAGCUGAAUGUACUGAAAGAAAAACGCUUCAGCCUGGUGGAAUUUGUUCAUCACUUCUUUCAUGAAAUCAAAGAAGCAGGAAGCUGUAGCUUUGAAGACUCCAACGUUGUGUUCAUCUUUGAUGGCCUGGAUGAGUGUCGACUUCCUCUGGACUUCGACAACAAUCCGACUCUGACUGAUGUCACAGAGUCCGUCUCAGUGGAUGUGCUGCUCACAAACAUCAUCACCGGGAAACUACUUCCAAAUGCUCGCCUCUGGAUAACCACACGGCCUGCAGCAGCCAAUCAGAUCCCUGCUAAAUAUGUUGACAUGGUGACAGAGGUCAGAGGGUUCAAUGACCCUCAGAAGGAGGAGUACUUCAGGAAGAGAUUCAGUGAUGAGAAGCAGGUCAGAAAAAUCAUCGCCCAUAUUAAGAAAUCCCGAAGCGUCCACAUCAUGUGUCACAUCCCAGUCUUCUGCUGGAUCACUGCCACAGUUCUGGAGGAAGUGAUUAAAACCAAAGAGGGUGCAAGGCUACCCAAGAACCUAACAGAGAUGUACAUCCACUUCCUGGUGGUUCAGGCCAAGGUAAAAAAUGUCAAGUAUGACAGACGAUCUGAGACAGAUCCACACUGGAGUCCAGAGAGCCGGAAAAUGAUUGAGUCUCUGGGAAAACUGGCCUUUGAGCAACUGCAGAAAGGAAACCUGAUCUUCUAUGAGUCAGACCUGACAGAAUGUGGCAUCGAUAUCAGAUCAGCCUCAGUGUACUCAGGAGUGUUCACAGAGUUCUUUAGAGAGGAGAAAGGACUGUACCAGGAGAAGAUGUUCUGCUUCAUCCAUUUGAGUGUUCAGGAGUUUCUGGCUGCUCUUCAUGUCCAUCUGACAUUCUUCAACACUGGGGUCAAUCUGUUAGAAACACAGUCGACCAGUCAGAGGCCUAAGCCUGUCACAGACAAAGCUAAAGCGAAACUCUUCUACCAGGCUGCUGUGGUGAAGGCUCUAGAGAGCCCAAAUGGACACCUGGACCUGUUCCUCCGCUUCCUCUUGGGCUUGUCAGUGCAGAACAACCAGACACUCCUUCACGGGCUCAUGAAACAAAUUCAGAGAAGCUCACAAAUCAGUCAGGAAGCAGUCCUGUUUAUUAAGGAAAAGAUUUCCCAGAGUUUUUCUACAGAGAUGACCAUCAAUUUGUUUCACUGUUUGUUUGAGCUGAAUGACCAGUCUCUGGUGGAUGAGACUCAACGUUUCUUGAGUUCAGGAAAUCUCAGACAGGACAGACUCUCUCCUGCUCAGUGGUCAGCAUUGGUCUUCAUUCUACUUUCUGAAAAAGAGGUGGAUGUGUUUGAUCUGAAGAAAUUCUCUCCCUCAGAAGAAGGUCUUCUCAGGCUGCUGCCAGUGGUCAAAGUUUCCCGUAAAUCUCUGCUGAGUGGCUGCAUUCUGUCUAAAACAGGCUGCACAGCUUUGGCUUCACUUCUCAGGAGCCAGUCCUGUUUGCUAAGAGAAUUGGAUCUGAGUUAUACUGAGAUGCAAGAUUCAGGACUAACGGUGCUGUCUGAUAAUAUGACCAGCAAACAAUGUAAACUCGAAGUUCUGAGGUUAAAUGGCUGUAAGCUGACGUCCAGAAGCUGUUGUGCUCUAUCGUCGGUUCUCUCCUCUCAGUUUUCCAAGCUCAAAGAGCUGGAUCUGAGUAAUAACAGCCUGAAGCGUGAAGGAGUAGUGUCGCUCUCAACUGGCCUUCAGAGCCCACACUGCAAAAUGGAAAUUCUCAAGUGUAGUAGCUGUAACUUGUUCAGUGACAGCUGUGACGCCCUGGCUUCGGUUCUUAGAUGUCAGUCCUCUAGUCUUCAAGAGCUGGAUUUGAGCAACAACAACCUGCAGGAUUCAGGAGUACAUCUUCUUGCGACUGGACUCCAGAGUUCACAUUGUGUACUGGAAACUCUCAGGUUAAAUGGCUGUAAGAUGUCCAGAAGCUGUUGUGCUCUAUCAUCGGUUCUCUCCUCUCAGUUUUCCAAGCUCAAAGAACUGGAUCUGAGUAAUAACAGCCUGAAGCGUGAAGGAGUAGUGUCGCUCUCAAAUGGCCUUCAGAGCCCACACUGCAAAAUGGAAAUUCUCAAGUGUAGUAGCUGUAACUUGUUCAGUGACAGCUGUGACGUCCUGGCUUCGGUUCUUAGAUGUCAGUCCUCUAGUCUUCGAGAGCUGGAUUUGAGCAACAACGACCUGCAGGAUUCAGGAGUACAUCUUCUUGCGACUGGACUCCAGAGUUCACAUUGUGUACUGGAAACUCUCAGUCUGUCAGGCUGUUUGCUCACAGAGAAUAGCUGCACUUCUUUGGUAUCUGCACUAAUCUCCAAUCCACAUCAUCUGAGGGAGCUAGACCUGAGCUACAAUCAUCCAGGAGACUCCGGAAUGAACGCACUCUCUGACAAACAGAAAGAUCCAAACUACAAACUGGAUAUUGUCAGGACGGAUUAUGCUGGAGUACACCGACUGAAACCAGGGGUGAAGAAGUAUGCCUGUCAGCCUAGUUUGGACUCUGCCACCGCUCACCCAAGGCUGUGUCUGUUUGACAACUGCACUGUGACCGAUGAGGACGAGGACCAGCCUUACGACAAAAAGGAAGACCGCUUCCUGUCCUGCUACCAGGUGCUUUGUAGCGACGCUCUGAGAGGUCGCUGUUACUGGGAGGUGGCAUGGAUGGGGCUGGUGUCGGUGGGAGUGGCCUACAGCGGAAUCCGCAGGACGGGUGAAGAGUCCAUGUUGGGAGGAAACACCUGCUCCUGGACUCUGGACUGCUCUUCUGACCAUUACUGUGCCUGGCAUCAGAACAAAGGCAUCUCUAUCCAGCAGCCCGUCCCGGACGGCGCCGGCGGCAGAGUGAGAUUGUGUCUGGACUGGAGCGCCGGCACCAUUUCCUUCUAUGCCGUGUCCUCGGACAGACUGGAGCACAUCCACACCUUCUACUGCAGCUUCACUGAACCUGUGUACCCGGCCUUCAGGAUCCGCUCUGAGUUCACCUAUGGCUGCUGUAACUCAGUGUCUCUGUGUCCAAUGGACCAAGACUAGACACACUUUGACACUGACGAUGGAUGGAAAACACAUUCCAUAUGUUGACUGUGAAGCAUUCUGCAGGAAACACCUUUCACAUUGAGACAAAGUUCCACUGAAGUGGAAUGAAGGUCAGUGUGGAGGGUUCAUGUUUCAUUUUCCUACUGAUCACCAGGGUUAGGGUUCACAGACCAGUGGGCUUCAAUGUUUACAGCAUCCUGUGAUCGUUUUUGCACAUAAUGUAUUUCUAAGUGUCUAUUUUAAUUAACCUCCUGUAGAGGUUUUUAAUGUUUUCCAAAUGCCCGUGAAUCAUCUGGAUAUUUGUAAAUGAUAUUUCAGUCAUAAAGUGAACUCUAAAUCAUGCAUUG